AUGUCUGAUUGUAUUCCAAGCUUUCCUCAGGACCUCAUUAUUGAUAUACUAGUACGCCUCCCUGUUAAAUCAAUAGGUCGUUUCAGGUGUGUUUCGAAACCAUGGCGAUCUUUACUAUCCGAUCCGCUAUUCAUUAAACUACACCGAGCUUAUCACCUUCAUGACCCUGAAAGUCUCAUCCUCACUGAUUCUUAUGCACCUGAUAAUUUCCCUUUGGUCAUAACUUUCGCUCCUGACAGCACCAGUGAGAAUAUAUACAAUGGGGUUACAAGAAAGAUCAUUAGUCCACUUCUACAAGAGAAGGAUAAUUGGCAGCUUAACAAAUGGGCUAAGAGUAUGUGGCCACUGAAGAAGUGGACUAAUGAUAAGAGGAAACAAAUCGAAUGGAUUGAGGUGAUAGGUUCUUGUCAUGGUUUGGUUCUGCUAAUCAAUGAGAAACAUACCAAGUUUCUGAUGAAUCCCAUUACUUUAGAGGGGGUCAAAAUCCCAAAGUUUAGUUUAUCUUUGGACCCUUCUGGUCAUCUUAUAGUGCAUGGCCUAGGAUACGAUGGUACUAAUGAUGAUUACAAAGUUGUAACACUUUCCAUUAGGUUUCGGGAUGUGUCAUCAGAUGAUGGUAGAACGGUUGUGGAUAUUUAUAGUGUAAAAACCAAAACUUGGAAGAGGUCGGCGAAUUCUCAUUAUUAUCCUCUUGGCAUGAGCAGGGACAGCGGAGUAUUUGUUAAUGGUUGUGUACAUUGGUUGGCUCGUGAUGAAAGAGGUAGCUGCUAUGAUCCAUUUAUAGCUGGUUUUGACUUGGCCCAAGAGAAGUUCCAGAAAGUACCACAUCCUAAAGUUUUUGAUGAUAGCUUUUUGUGUGGUGAUCUUACUGUUAUUGGCGGAUGUCUUACAUUGAUUGUUUAUAUUGAUCAUGACAAGUUUGGCAUUUGGAUGAUGAAAGACUAUGGUUUGCAAGAUUCCUGGACUAAAUUUACCAUCCUCAAUGGUUAUAUGUGCUCAGUAAGUGUUGCUUGUCAGUUGAAGGAUGAUGAGUUUGUUUUGGUCAAGAAUGAUAAGAUGGUUGUGCACACUCUGUCAAAUGGGAGUAGGAGGGAUAUGGAAGUUGCUGAUGCUCCAAGUUUAUACGGAUAUCGGAAGACGGCUUUUAAAGAGAGUCUUCUGUCUCCUAAUUACAAACCAGACUGA